AUGGACGGACAGCAGCGCGACGAGCGCGCAGGGCAGAACUUCCAGAACGGCAGGAUGUUGGGGAACGGAGCACAGCCCGCCGUAGGCCCACGUAGGCGAAAUGAUGAAUCAUGGGUCGAGAUUUCGUCGCAGCCGUCUUCGUCAUCUCUCUCAUCCAUCGGCGACGAGAUCGUCACGACAGGUCUCCGCGUUGGCGGCUCCAUGGCCGCCCGCCGACGUCGCUUACAUCACCAGAGCCAGCCCGUGCCAAGGUCCUUUCACGUCGACCAGACGGCCAUACACGCCGGCACGAGCAGCCAGGAGGAAUAUGAAGAGAGCGAAAGCGAGGAGGACCGAUGCCUGACGAGUUCGACCGAGAACAUCCAGCCUUCCGUGCGUGCGCCAUUCCACCAACAACAGCCGCCACAAGAGGAAUCGGAGGACUCUGACGACAGCGACGAGAUUGCCACAGCCCUGGGUCGUGUUCCCGACGAUCCUGUCUUCCGGCCUCAGCCAAAUGCUUUUUCACACCCGCCAUCGGGUUUGAAUAGAAGCCAUUCGGCCAACUCGGCGAUCCACCAACACCCGCACAGCGGCGUUCGGCCUGCUCUCUCACAGCGGUCCCAGACCAGGGUCCAUCGCAGCCCGCCGAACUUCAUGUCUCCUGCCUAUCAAGCCGACAAUGACGCGGCGCUGCGCGCUUCUCUCACCACACUGCUGUCCUGCGCUGCUGCCGCCCGUGGCUUGCCCAAGUAUAAGGAUACUGAGCGGCAAUGCGCUACACCUGCGCACGCCGGAGUCGGACCCAGUUCUCAACCUGUUGAGUUGCGGCUGAUGCCCGAAUCUGAGCUCAUGGCUGAGAGGCCUACUCAGCCCCAAGGUGCCCCGUCUGCACAAUCACCUACCACACAGCCAGGGAAGACGACGUCUUCGGCUCCUCCGUCGCCCAAGAGCGCGGGCGUCGACAGGCACAAGCGUACUUCCUCACAAACACGCUCGUCGAGAGCGGCCAAGAAGAAGAAGGUCUCGGCGGGCGACGACACUCUCAUCAGUCCGACGUUGCUGACCUGGGUGGUGAGUGCCGGUGUUGUAGUGCUGGUGUCUGUGGUAGGAUUUGGUGCAGGCUAUGUGAUCGGCCGCGAGGUAGGACGACAAGAGGCCCUCUCGGCGGGAGUAGGCGUCAACGCCUCAACCGUGGCAGACUCUUCGUCAUGCGGGCGGGAAGUUAUUCGGUCCUCUGGCGGCGGUCUUCGCCGUCUGAGGUGGGGGGCGGGGGUUGGCCGAAGCGUCGUCGCCUGA